UCUGAGGUGCAAUGGCCGCCUACUGAGAGAGAGAAUGCGGUUGUUGUUGAACUUUAACGGUCUGGCAAAAUGUCUCUUUUAAGACUCUGUACCUUUCCGAAAUGUCUGGCCGGUAGACUCGUGUCCGAGAGAAACGUCCGCCACCUACUGAAUGUCGAGCAUUGUCUUCUCUGCCUCAGGAACAGGAGUAAUUACGAAAGAGGAAUACGAGACAACCCAUGGACAUCACAUAGAAGACAGUACUCCGCUAUCCCAAAGAAAGAUGAUGGAAACAAACGAAUGUGGGAACAGUCGCAUUUAUUAGAUGUUCUUGAAGCUCGGAUGCAACAGUUACAGUCCGAUGUCCUUUUUGAAGUGAAACAUUCAAAGGUGGAAUUUCUCAAAAUGCCGCAGAGAGAAAAAGGACCUUCACUCAGCAAGAGUCAGAAGACGCGACCGGGAGAGAAGACAGAACUUCCAAAAGCUGGACAGUCCAGUAAAACAGGAGCUACUACGGACAAUCCAUCCUCCAAAACUCACACAAGCCGCUGGUUUGAGAAGCUUAAGCGUGAGAAGUGGAAUAGCACUUUAAAACAAUCACCUCUUCAGCAGAACGUCUCUGACAAAGCAGCGAAAAGCAGCAAGGGAAAAAGCAACAAAAAGCAGCAAGCAGCGAAAAGCAGCAAGGGCAGCAUGAUGCUUCCAGGCUCAUCUAUGAAGUCCAUUUCAGCAGCCAAAAGGAGCAAAACAGUAACCAAACAAGAGCAUGCAAAACCAGCAGCCUCCCCUGUGUCUCACUCUAAGCCAAAAGUCUCUGAAAGUCCUACCAGUGAAGCCACUCCUGUCCCUCAAGAACUUUCUAGGGAUGUGGAGUUGACUGAGGUUGAAGAGCUCGAGCAGAUGAUCAAACAGUGGAGCUCAACUGGGACCGAGAAGGUUAUAGAAGUUAAGGAGGUGAAUCGUGAUGCUGAUACCCAGCUGAACGUGUGCUGCCACUUGGAGGCGUGUGUGUUUACGGGGGAUGUGGAGCGAGCCCAGCGCUACCUGCUCUUCCACCAUCAAAACCUCUCCAAACGCAAGACGCUCACUGUCAACUCCUACAACAUCAUGAUGAGAAUGUGGGCCAAGAAGGGAUCUCUUCAUCACAUACGUCAGUUGUUCUUUCUAGUGGAGGAAGCAGGACUGAAGCCCAGCGUGGCCUCCUACUGCGCUGCCCUGGAGUGCAUGGGCCGUAACCCAGAAAGCUCUUCACGGGUCAUUAGCAGGUGUCUGCAGCAGAUGGAGGAGGACGGCCUGAGUGUGGAUGAUGUGUUUAGGCAGUGCGUGUUCAGACAGGAUGAAAGAGACAUGGUGCUGAAGGCUGUUCGUACAGUACGGCCUGACUAUGAGCCAUCCGAGACUGCCGAAAACCCUCUGUGCUCCCUGCCUCUGGUCAAGGACUACUACACACAGAGAGAAGAGGUCAGAUAUCCUAAACUGGACUUCAGUCUGGCAGACCUGCAGGACCGCUUCAAGCAUCAGCUUACUCUGGAGCAGGCCAACACCAUCACUAUAGACUCUGUGGAAGCCAUGAAGCCCGUCACGGAAAACAUAAUCAGAAUGAGGAAACUGUUAGCAGAGCAACGCGCCCACUGGCAAAAAAAUCUGCUCCAGGCUCUGAGAGACAGCAAACUGAUUUUAGGCAAAAGCAAACUGAGGAACUGGAAGACAGACAUCUACCCGUUCCUGUGCAUCCUUCGCGAUGAGGAUUACGUCAACAUCAUGCUGCAGGGUUUGGCCAACCUGCCGCCCAGCGGAGACUCUCUGCUCAACAUGGCGAAGGAGCUGGGCACCAGAGUCCACAACAACCUCUGCAUCCAGCAGAAGAGCCACAGCCAGAUGGUCGAGAAACUGGCCUGCAUCUACAAUUCAUACGCUGAGCUACUUGCAAAAGACACAAAGUCAAGCAGCGUCUUGCCGCGGGAACAGUGGAGUAGGCUGGAGGCGGAGAGAAGCGCUGGCCCCUCCCUGCUGACUGAUGACACAUCCUGGACACACGUGUUGAUCAUUCAGCUGGGCAGCUUCCUGGUGGAUCUGCUGGUGCGUGAACUGAAAAUCCAAAACAACAUUCUGAACCCGGCUCAGGAGAAGAAACUCAUCCCUGCGCUCUAUCACAUGUACACCUUCCGCAGCAAUCGACAGAUUGGUUUUAUCAAGCCGCACCCAAUCUUGACGCAAAUCCAGUCUGAAGCCAUGGAGACCAAGCUGACCUUUGACUCCUACGUAAUGCCCAUGCUGUGUCCACCCGUGCCCUGGACAUCACCAAAGAGCGGUGCUUACCUGCUGACGCCCACCAAGCUGAUGCGCACAGUGGAGGGAGCCAUCCAGCACCAGCACCUACUGGAGAAGUGCCGGAAUGAGGACCUCCACGCCGUGCUGGACUCCCUCAACCAGCUGAGCAGCUGUGCCUGGAAGAUCAACAAGCCCCUCCUAGACAUCAUCAUCUCCAUCUUCAACGACAAGGGCAGCGAGAAGCUGGACGUCCCGCCGCCCGUGUCGGAGGCCCCUGAGAUCCCUCGGUUUAAUCCUCAUGACCCAUCCUACACACCUCAGGAGAAGGCCCACAUGAAGCGGGAGGUGUUAAAGGCCAAGAAGAAGUUUGGAGAGAUGCACAGCCUGCGUAUGGAUGCACUCUACAAGCUGUCCAUUGCCAACCAUGUGAGGGACGAGGUCUUCUGGUUCCCUCACAACAUGGACUUCAGGGGCCGCACGUACCCCUGCCCACCAUACUUCAACCACUUGGGCAGUGACGUGACAAGAGCCAUCCUGCUGUUCGCUGAGGGCAAGCCUCUGGGUCCUAAAGGCCUGGAUUGGCUGAAGAUCCACCUGGUGAACCUCACAGGUCUGAAGAAGCGCAGUUCGCUGGCUGGCAGGCUGGAAUAUGCCAACAGCAUCAUGGAGGACAUCCUUGACUCAGCAGACCAUCCUCUCACUGGGAGGAAGUGGUGGAUGAAUGCUGAUGAGCCCUGGCAGACUCUUGCCUGCUGUAUGGAAAUAGCAAAUGCCUCCAGAUCACCUGACCACACCAAGUUCAUCUCCCAUUUCCCUGUACAUCAGGAUGGCUCUUGCAAUGGCCUGCAGCACUAUGCAGCCCUGGGCCGUGAUGUGAUUGGAGCCACGUCAGUGAACCUGAUGCCCUGUGAAUUACCCCAGGACGUCUACAGCGCUGUAGCCCAGCAGGUGGAGGAGUUCCGGGCAAGGGAUGCAGCCAAGGGCCUGAAGAUCGCGCAGGUGCUGGAGGGCUUCAUCAGCAGGAAGGUGGUGAAGCAGACGGUAAUGACGGUGGUGUAUGGCGUCACACGCUAUGGUGGAAGGCUGCAGAUCGAAAAGCGCCUCAAGGAGAUCGAUGACUUCCCCAGGGAACAUAUAUGGGACGCCUCUCACUACUUGGUGCAUCAGGUCUUCAGUAGCUUGAAGGAAAUGUUCACAGGCACGAGAGAGAUCCAGGACUGGCUAACGGAGAGCGCAAGGCUAAUCGCUAAGUCCGGCAGCACCGUGGAGUGGGUGACCCCACUUGGACUGCCCAUCGUCCAGCCCUACCAUCGUACUAGGAACCACGUGCUAAAGAGCAACAUUCAGUUCCUGAGUCUCCAGAUAAGCCACGACAUCCAUGAGAGACCAGACACUAUAAAGCAGAAGAAUGCCUUCCCUCCAAACUUCAUCCACUCUUUGGACUCCACCCACAUGAUGCUAACUGCACUCUACUGUUACAGUGCUGGCAUCACAUUCGUAUCCGUGCACGACUGCUUCUGGACCCAUGCUCUCACAGUAGACACCAUGAAUAAGGUGUGCCGUGAGCAGUUUGUGGCCCUCCAUAGUCAGCCCAUCCUCCAGGACCUGUCCAAGUUCAUGCUGCAGAAAUAUUGCUCAGGACCAGUGGGCGAAACGAAGAACAAGAAGUUUCUGGAGUACUGGAGGAUGAUGCAGCUGCUGGCAAAGGUUCCAGAGACAGGUGAUUUUGAUCUGCACAGAGUGAAGGAAUCCACCUAUUUCUUCAGCUGAAGUGAAUGAUGGGCCUCCACGGACUGAGCCGGAGUGUUGUGCAGAUUUGCCCCAUGUAGGCAUGCUGGGCAGAGAGACUUCACCAGGCAAAUAGCUCAUCAAACUGAACGGGCACGUCAGACUGAGCCAUCAGUUGCUAAUGUUGCUGCUACUACUGUUGUCAUGGCAUCCACAGAUGCUGGACAGUUCUAGACGUGUGCUUGUGAGAGGGAGAGAGUGAGUCAGGCAGGGUCAGGUACGCUACAGCCCUGUAGACGUGUGUGUAAAUGUUGAUUUGGUGAGGUGUGUUGAGGUUAUGUUUUCCGAAUGGUGUGUCUGAGCGACUGUGCGUGGGUGCUCAGUCUGUUUUUUCUCCUCAUCGUAAAGACAACUCAACAAAGUCCUCAUAGAGCGUGAUUGAGGAGUCUGUAUAUACAGUACUGUGCCAAAGUCUCAGCACAGAAAGUUGAAUUUAGUGCUGUUUAAAUGGACUAUAAGUCUUUAUUUGCUUGGAAAAAUUCCAACAUUAGAAUAAAUACAAAUAUACAUUAAUACAGUAAUUAAUUACAGUAAUUAAUUAAUCUUCAUGCCACCAUAGAUAAAGAGGAACUGAACCUGCGUCCAUCUAAGCAACCCACAACAUAGCAAUUGGUCAUUUAAAAAAAAAAAAAGGAUUUAUUUUUAAUGUUUAUUGAAUUAAAUAUGGGUGUAAAUCUCUGAUUCUUCGGAUUCAGUUUAAGAUUCGUACAUUAUGAAAUCUCAAAUUUCAUCUUGAUUCCAUUUCAUUUGUUUGGUACAAUUUAGCAAUAUAGACAAUAAACAUUUGCGAAUAGAAUUAAUAGAUUAUUGUAAUCUGUAUAGUUAAUACAGCUAAUGUUCCAAAAUCAAUGCAGUUGAAUCAUCACCUUCAGACAGAUUAGUCUCAAUGCCUUUUAUACCCCUACUUUUCAUCUGUUAAUAAGUACUAAUAAUGUUAGUGAUGCACCGAAAUGAAAAUCCUUAGCCGAAACUCAAAUUCAGGACAAACUGGGCUGAAUACCGAAAACUGGAAAAAAACACAUAAUUUCAAAAACUGUGGCUACACAUGGCAUCUCUGUGCUAGCAGGGACUUCACGGCUACGUUCACAUUACAAGCCUCAUUGCUCAAAUCCGAUUUUUUGCUCAAAUCCAAUCUCUCUGACACAAUGGUUCACACUCUUUUAGGUAAGUGACUCAAAUCUGUCAUUAAUGUGAACGAACCAGCGUCCUGAAAUGACCCUCAUGCACACAUCCUACUCAGUAACGUCACGUGAAUGAAUCCCAUGCAUCAAGUGCAUCAUCAGCAAACCAACUAACGAGCAGAACGAGCUUCGCUGCUAAGAUAAUUAACUCUGAUCAGCUCUCAUCUGUUCAUUAUUAGAGCAAGAUGAAGGCCAAAAGGGUGAGAUGUACUUCUUUUCCACUAUUUACAGGCUUUAACAUCUGUUUGGCGCUGCUGCCAUGGUAACACUGAAUGAUGGCGCACGCGCAGUGGAAAGAAAAGCACAUGAAUUCUGAUCUGAGCGUUCGCCAUGUUUUCAGGAUGUAUCAAACCUGUAAUGGAGCUCUUGGACGUUGUACUUCCUGUGAGUACUCGACAUGAACAAACAUUAUAAAUCGCUUGUCUAAUGUUUUUCGCAGAAACUUGGAAAUAGGUUACGUUUGUCCUCGGCUGCUCGUAAGGCCAGAAACGUACUUCGCACAAGUGCACAAAUGCAGAUGGGUCGAGCUACGCAGGCACAGAUUUGUACAUUGUUGCGUUCUAAAAUGUCACAAAGCAUUUCAUAAUCCAACGCAGGCGGAGCUGCAUUCUGAGCAUUACAGCAAGAGGCGCUUAAGCAACAGCCAAGCCUGGCCGAGCCGACUCAUUCCACCAGUAUGCCUCCCCCCCAGUUAACUAUCAAAGCAGACGAGCAGCUGGACGAGGCUCUCGCAACAAUUGUCUGCUCGCAUAAACAUAAACAUAUUACAUCAUCACCUUAUAAUUCUUAUAGACCAGUUAAAGCAACUGUUCAUGUUUAGUAGUUGAGGAUGUUGGAAUGACAGUAGCUCCCAUUCUUAUUUGUCCUCUAUCGCCCUCUUGAGUAUUGUGUGUUUUAAAAGCCACAGUUACGUAAGAACACAUCGCGAGGUUGAAGGACUUUGCGUUUUCAAUACAUUGGCCAGGCAUAGUCAUUUGCGCUUGUGUACUUGCGUUGAGCAUUCUUAUGGUCUAAGGUGUCUGAGUGUGUCUGCGGCGCAGGGGACUGAAGGGAACAAUCAGCGUUUAUAAUCACUUUUUCUCAUUUUCAUUAGCAUUUAAAUUAUUUAUAAAGCCUUUGAUUUUGACACUUCAUUGAUGGACUGUGUAAUCUUUUUCAGGCAAAAAUUUCAGCCUUUCUUCACGUUCAGCCAAAAAUUAAAAGUGCCAUUUUUGUCUAAUUUUUGGUGGCCUAAGCAGUAGUCUUAAACCGUCGUCUUGGCUGGCCUAAGACUUUAACACAGUACUGUAUAUUUGUGUGUGUACAUGUUUCUGGUGCGGGGCAGGACUCCUGUGUUCUCUGCAGGGCUCUGAUCCGCUCCUCCACUCCUGAGGACUAACUCCAGGCUGGUUGAGCACACGGGCUGGUCUCUCAUCAAUCUGUGCUUCCACACCCAAAGGCCCGCUCUUCCAUUUCCACUCAGUCCUCAUUCACCCCAUCAUCAUAUGGCAACCUGCUGCUCUCGCUCUCAGAACAAGGCAUGGAAGUACGGAAAAGCAGAAAGGAUGGCUACUGACCUCUUGUGAAUGUUCUGGACGCUGUUCAGAGAGAUUCCCUCAAAGGAAACUUAGUAGGCACUUAAUGGAAUAAACACAUUUUGUAAACUUUGCCUUUUCUUUUUGGCAGACAUAAGUGGUGUAAUAUAUUUUGUGCAAAAGUCAGAUCUAAUCAAAAUGUGAAAUCUCACAAUGUGUAAUAAAGUCUAUUUUUUAUGCUACUAAAAAAAAUUCACUGCUUGUGGAAA